AGGCGCCGAGUGCGCCCCGCGCCCCAGCCGCCCCGCGGGCAGCACUUUGGGCGCUAGAGGGAGAUGGGAGAGAAAGUUUCGGAGGCGCCGGAGCCGGUGCCCAGCGGCUGCAGCGGCCACGGAGUCCGGAGUCCCGCGCCGGCGGCGGCCGCCGAGUCCUCGCCCGGCGCUUCCUCCGCCGAGUCGUCGUCGGGCUCCGAAACUCUGUCGGAGGAAGGGGAGCCGGGUGGCUUCUCCCGCAAGCCGCCGCCGCCACCGCCGCCGGGCGGCGCCCUGGGCAGCCGGCCGCCCGCCCCGUGGGCUCCCGCGCGCGCGAUGCUGGAGCGCGGAGUCCCUGCACGGCCGCCGGUCCCCGGAGGAGCCGCGCCGCCCGCGCCCCGGGGCGGCAGCGCGUCCCAGGAGGAGCAGGACGAGGAGCUUGACCACAUACUGUCCCCGCCACCCAUGCCGUUUCGGAAAUGCAGCAACCCAGAUGUGGCUUCCGGCCCUGGAAAGUCCCUGAAGUAUAAAAGGCAGCUGAGCGAGGAUGGCCGGCAGCUGCGGCGGGGGAGCCUGGGGGGAGCCCUCACCGGGCGGUACCUGCUUCCGAACCCGGUGGCCGGGCAGGCCUGGCCAGCCUCGGCGGAGACGUCCAACCUCGUGCGCAUGCGCAGCCAGGCCCUGGGCCAGUCGGCGCCGUCGCUCACGGCCAGCCUGAAGGAGCUGAGUCUCCCCCGAAGAGGAAGUCUGAUAGAUUCCCAGAAGUGGAAUUGCUUGGUCAAACGUUGCCGAACAAGCAACCGGAAAAGCUUGAUAGGCAAUGGACAGUCACAAGCAUUGCCUCGACCGCACUCACCUCUCUCUGCUCAUGCAGGAAACAGCCCUCAAGAUAGUCCAAGAAAUUUCUCCCCCAGUGCCUCAGCCCACUUUUCAUUUGCACGGAGGACUGAUGGACGCCGCUGGUCGCUGGCUUCUCUCCCCUCCUCUGGCUAUGGGACCAACACCCCCAGCUCCACCGUCUCUUCAUCCUGUUCCUCCCAGGAGAAGUUACAUCAGUUGCCAUACCAACCGACGCCAGAUGAAUUGCACUUCUUAUCGAAACAUUUUUGUACCACCGAAAGCAUUGCCGCUGAGAACAGAUGCAGGAACACCCCCAUGCGGCCCCGAUCCCGAAGUCUGAGCCCUGGACGUUCUCCUGCCUGCUGCGACCAUGAAAUAAUUAUGAUGAACCAUGUCUACAAAGAAAGGUUCCCAAAGGCUACCGCUCAGAUGGAAGAACGCCUGAAAGAGAUCAUCACCAGCUACUCUCCUGACAAUGUCCUUCCCCUCGCAGACGGCGUGCUGAGCUUCACUCACCACCAGAUUAUUGAGCUGGCCCGGGACUGCUUGGAUAAAUCCCACCAGGGCCUCAUCACCUCCCGAUACUUCCUGGAAUUGCAGCACAAGUUAGAUAAGUUGCUACAGGAGGCUCACGAUCGCUCAGAGAGUGGAGAGUUGGCCUUUAUUAAACAGCUCGUCCGGAAGAUCCUGAUUGUCAUUGCCCGCCCUGCUCGGUUACUGGAGUGCCUGGAAUUUGAUCCUGAAGAAUUUUAUUAUUUAUUGGAAGCAGCAGAAGGCCAUGCAAAGGAAGGCCAGGGGAUUAAAACUGACAUUCCCAGGUACAUCAUCAGCCAACUGGGGCUCAAUAAGGACCCUCUAGAAGAAAUGGCUCAGCUGGGGAACUAUGACAGUGGGACAGCAGAAACACCAGAAACAGAUGAAUCUGUGAGUAGCUCUAAUGCGUCCCUGAAACUUCGAAGGAAACCUCGAGAAAGUGAUUUCGAAACAAUUAAGUUGAUUAGCAAUGGGGCCUAUGGGGCAGUUUACUUUGUUCGGCAUAAGGAAUCCCGGCAGAGGUUUGCCAUGAAGAAGAUUAAUAAACAGAACCUCAUCCUUCGAAACCAGAUCCAGCAGGCCUUUGUGGAACGAGACAUCCUGACGUUUGCAGAAAACCCCUUUGUGGUCAGCAUGUAUUGCUCCUUUGAGACCCGGCGCCACUUGUGCAUGGUCAUGGAAUACGUGGAAGGUGGAGAUUGUGCUACCUUGAUGAAAAACAUGGGUCCUCUUCCUGUUGAUAUGGCCAGAAUGUAUUUUGCUGAGACAGUCUUGGCUUUGGAAUAUCUACAUAAUUAUGGAAUUGUACACAGAGAUUUGAAACCAGACAACUUGUUGGUCACCUCCAUGGGGCACAUAAAGCUGACAGAUUUUGGAUUGUCUAAAGUGGGACUAAUGAGCAUGACCACCAAUCUUUAUGAAGGUCAUAUUGAGAAGGAUGCUCGAGAGUUCCUAGAUAAACAGGUCUGUGGCACACCUGAAUACAUUGCACCAGAAGUGAUUCUGAGGCAGGGCUAUGGGAAGCCGGUGGACUGGUGGGCCAUGGGAAUUAUCCUCUAUGAAUUUCUGGUUGGAUGCGUGCCAUUCUUUGGGGAUACGCCAGAAGAGCUAUUUGGACAAGUCAUCAGUGAUGAAAUCAACUGGCCUGAAAAGGAUGAGGCCCCACCACCGGACGCCCAGGAUCUGAUCACCUUGCUUCUCAGGCAGAAUCCCCUGGAGAGGCUGGGAACAGGUGGUGCGUACGAAGUCAAGCAGCAUCGAUUCUUCCGUUCUUUGGACUGGAACAGUUUGCUGAGACAGAAGGCAGAAUUUAUUCCCCAACUGGAAUCCGAGGAUGACACUAGCUAUUUUGAUACUCGGUCAGAGAAGUAUCAUCAUAUGGAAACCGAGGAGGAAGAUGACACCAACGAUGAAGACUUCACUGUGGAGAUAAGGCAGUUCUCCUCAUGCUCGCACAGGUUUUCAAAAGUGUUCAGCAGUAUAGAUCGAACCACUCAGAAUCCAGGAGAAGAGAAGGAAGACUCUGGGGACAAAACCAAAAGCACAACUUUGCCAUCCACGGAAACAUUAAGCUGGAGUUCGGAAUAUUCCGAGAUGCAACAGUUAUCCACAUCCAACUCUUCGGAUACUGAAAGCAACAGGCGGAAACUUAGUUCUGGGCUCCUUCCCAAACUGGCUAUUUCAGCAGAGGGGGAGCAAGAUGCAGCUGCCCCCUGCCCCAGUGACCCCCACGCAGAGCCAGAGAAGCCAGCACUUCCUCCUGAGGAGUGUGCCCAGGAGGAACCUGAGGUCACCACCCCAGCCAGCACCAUCAGCAGCUCCACCCUGUCAGUUGGCAGUUUUUCAGAGCACUUGGAUCAGAUAAAUGGACGCAGCGAGUGUGUGGACAGUGCAGAUAAUUCCUCAAAGCCGUCCAGUGAACCUGCUUCCCACAUGGCCCGGCAGCGAUUAGAGAGCACAGAGAAAAAGAAAGUCUCGGGCAAAGUCACCAAGUCCCUUUCUGCCAGUGCCCUGUCCCUCAUGAUCCCAGGAGACAUGUUUGCCGUCUCUCCACUGGGAAGUCCAAUGUCUCCCCAUUCCCUGUCCUCGGACCCUUCUUCCUCCCGAGAUUCCUCUCCCAGCCGGGAUUCCUCGGGAGCCUCUGCGAGUCCCCAUCAGCCCAUCGUGAUCCACAGCUCAGGGAAGAACUACGGCUUCACCAUGCGAGCCAUCCGGGUGUACGUGGGAGACAGUGAUGUGUACACCGUGCACCACAUUGUUUGGAAUGUGGAAGAAGGAAGUCCAGCAUGCCAGGCAGGACUGAAGGCCGGGGAUCUGAUUACACACAUCAAUGGAGAACCAGUGCAUGGUCUUGUCCACACGGAAGUUAUAGAGCUUCUACUCAAGAGUGGAAAUAAGGUGUCAAUCACUACUACCCCAUUUGAAAACACAUCAAUCAAAACAGGACCAGCCAGAAGAAACAGCUAUAAGAGCCGGAUGGUGAGACGGAGCAAGAAAUCCAAGAAGAAAGAAAGUCUAGAGAGGAGGAGAUCGCUUUUCAAAAAGCUAGCCAAGCAGCCUUCCCCUCUGCUGCACACCAGCCGAAGUUUCUCCUGCUUGAACCGGUCCCUGUCCUCGGGAGAGAGCCUGCCGGGCUCGCCCACGCACAGCCUGUCCCCGCGCUCCCCGACGCCCAGCUACCGCUCCACACCCGACUUCCCGUCCGGCACUAAUUCCUCCCAGAGCAGCUCCCCGAGUUCCAGUGCCCCCAACUCCCCAGCGGGGUCCGGGCACAUCCGGCCCAGCACGCUGCACGGCCUGGCCCCCAAGCUCAGUGGGCAGCGCUACCGCUCCGGACGCCGGAAGUCAGCCGGCAGCAUCCCCCUGUCCCCGCUGGCCCGGACGCCUUCUCCGACUCCGCAGCCCACCUCCCCUCAGCGGUCACCAUCCCCGCUGCUGGGACACUCGCUGGGCAGUGCCAAGAUGGCACAAGCCUUUCCCAGCAAGAUGCACUCCCCUCCCACCAUCGUCAGGCACGUGGUGCGGCCCAAGAGCGCCGAGCCCCCGCGGUCUCCGCUGCUCAAGCGCGUGCAGUCCGAGGAGAAGCUGUCGCCUUCCUAUGGCAGUGACAAGAAGCACCUGUGCUCCCGCAAACACAGCCUGGAGGUGACGCAGGAGGAGGUGCAGCGGGAGCAGUCCCAGCGGGAGGCGACGCUGCAGAGCCUGGAAGAGAGCGUGUGCGACGCACCGGCCCUCAGCCGUGCGCGGCCCGUGGAGCAGGGCUGCCUGAAACGGCCCGUCUCCCGGAAGCUGGGCCGCCAAGAGUCCGUGGACGACCUGGAUCGGGACAAGCUGAAGGCCAAGGUGGUGGUCAAGAAACCAGACGGCCUCCCGGAGAAACAAGAAUCCCACCAGAAACCCCCUGGCCUCCGUAGCGAUUUGGAGAACCAUGCUCUUUCCCGGCUGGAAGAGAGAGAGAAGAAAGUCUAUCCCAAGACUUUAGAACGAUCCACUCAUUUCGAAAGCAAAGCCAUGGGGCCAGAGGCCCCGGCCCUGGGCAGCCUGCUCAGAGAUGCGCUACACAAACAGGCCAGCGUGCGGGUCGGCGAGGGGGUGGCCACGGACGGGGCAUCCAGGGAGCAUAGCCAGGACGCGGAGGACUCCAAACGGGCCCUUGCUGCUGGCCCCCUGCAGGACACACUCUGUCCCUCGGCCGACAGGGCCACCCCCUCCGGGCGGGGUGAGAACACAGAGAAGGGUUCCCAGGCCAAGGAGCUCCUCCGUGGCGAGAAGCUGGACAGCAAGCUCACCAAUAUUGAUUACCUCCGGAAGAAAAUGGCCAUCGAAGACAAGGAUGACAGCCUCGGGCCCGGGCUGAAGCCCAAGGUGACAUCUAGCACCCACGAAUGCGUGCCAGGGACCCCCAGCCGACCUGUGGGUGGGCAGCAGGAGACCCCGAUGGCCGCCGCCGAGAGCCGGGCUUUUAUCAGCAGCACCCAUGCCGCUCCGAUGAGUACCGUCUCCUUUGUUCCUCUCAAGGCCUUAGCCGGCCGAGUGGACAGUGGAGCGGAGAAGCAGGGCUUGGCAGCUCCCGAGUCCCCGGUCAGGAAGAGCCCCUCCGAGUAUAAGCUGGAAGGAAGGUCCGUCUCGUGCCUGAAGCCCAUUGAAGGCACUCUGGACAUUGCUCUCCUGUCUGGACCCCAGGCCUCCAAGACAGAGGCGCUGUCCCCAGAGUCUGUCCAGAGCCCCAGCCCGACUGGCGAUGUGGAGCCCUCCCCUGCCAGCGUAAAGGUGAGUAAGGCCUACCUGCUGGAGCCUCGGUUCCUGCCGCCCGGCUGGAGCCUCCAGACCUCACCUGGAACCCCGCUGCCCGAGCCAGACCUAAAGCGGGACAGGAAGGUUUCCCGCCUUGCUGGCAGGAGCCCAGCGACAGUCACAGAAGGGGAUGCUCAGCAGCGAGACGGUCGGCCCACCCCCACCGACACCAAGCUGUUCCCGUGCCCCUCGCAGAGCCUGCAAGGCACCAACCCAGCCAGGCCGCCCGGGCCGCCUCUUCCCGAAGGGGUCCCCUCCAGGGAGAAGCCGGGCCCAAGGGAACCAGCUGAGAGGGGCCCUUCCACAGCCAGAAGCGAGCGGCCCACCUCCAGGGCUGAUAGACCCAGGCACCCCUCUGGGGAGCUGUGUCCUCCAGCUGCUGCUAAAUCCAGCGACAACUCCCCCAGUCAACCCUCUGCGGCGCGGACCUGCCCGGAUUUGCACGUGCAGAGCCCGGCCCUAGAGAAGGCGUCGCUGCGGCCUUGCAGGAAAACAAACCACAAGGAUGGCCAGGAUGAGGAGAGGCUGCUGCCCAGGGAGGAAGCAUCCUCCUCCUUAGCUGGGACUUCUUGCAUCAAGGAGCCGGGCAAGGUCAGAGGCUGCCUGGAGCCCAAGGCUGAGGCCGCCCCUGCUAGGCACUGCCUGCAGCCACCUGCAAGUGACAAUGGCAAGAAUGAAAAGCUCGCCAGUUUCCUGUGUUUGCAGAAGGACAGCCCCAAGGAGCCCAAACGGAAGGAGCAGCCUCCGCCAAGGCCUCUCAACAGCAGCCCUCAGCCCCUACUGCCCACCAAAGACACGGCCCUCCUGACCGCAGGGCAGCCCAGCAGCUCCCCAAGCCACACCUCGGGUAGAGAGCUGGGGACCAAGCCCGCCGCUGCAGAACCCAGGCCAGGCCUCCAAGACCCUCCCAAGCCUCCCUCAGUGCACAACGAGAACAGUGGUCAAAAGCCCCGGUCUGGCCCUGAGCCCAGCCCUGCAAAGACACAGCACCCAGACAGGUCCCUGCCCUCCGUGAAACUUAGCGUCACUGGGACUGCCCAGGGCAAAGAGCCUGCCUCUCAGGCCCUCACCAGCUCUGGCAAGGAAGGCAAGGCUGCGCCGGAUACGGACACCGCCAUCCCGGGCGCCCAGAACAGAGCCUGCACUGUGGUUGUGCAGGGAACAGGUGGGCCCUCCAGCCCCCUGCAGACUGAGAGGGGCCAGCCAGAUACCAGGCUGCAACCGCAGAGUGGAGGGCGGCCCCCGGAGGCACUGGAGAGGCCUGCGCAGUGCCCCAAGCAAGGACACCUGGGCCUCCACCAGCCAGCAGACCCGAAGCUGCCCGCUGCCAGUGACAAGCCAGGCCUGUGUCCGAAGCAGCCCAAAGCAGCCACUGUGAAAGACUGCCUGGCUCCGUGCAGGCAGAUAGAAAAAAGCCCCAGCCCGCCAGCCCCGGAAGCAAAGAAAGUCCCAGAAGCACUUUACGCUCCUGCAGACAGCAGCAAGCCCGAGGCCAGCCUGUCCCCUGUCCGCACCGAGAGGCCCACUGCAGGGGCAGGCAAGGGCUGCCCAGAAGCCAAGGGAAAAGGCAGCACUGCCCCGAAGGCCCAGGCUGAGGCCGCCAAGCCUGGUGGCAUCAAGCGGUCGCCCUCGGCCUCUGGGCACAGCGCUCUGCGAUCCUCUGCCCUGCCGGAGAAGCCGCUGAGCUCCUCCUGCAGUUUCCCGGAGGCCAGGCCCGCAGGCCGAGAGGCCGCAACGCCCGCCAGCGACCCUGCUUCCACCAAGGCCAGCUCGGGCACCAGCACCGUGGAGCUCGCCAUCCCCAGCCACAGGGACCAGCGCAGGGCCCCAGCCGCUGGGGACGGCAGAACCCACAUGACCAAGAGCGACUCCCUGCCCUCCUUCCGCGUCUCCACCCUGCCCUCCGAGCCGCAUCACCCGGAGCCCAGCGCGGCGUGGGACAGAGCCAGCCCCCGGGACCGGGCGCCCUCGGUCACCGCUGCGGCUGGGGAGACCAGGGCCAGCGAGCCUGCCCCCAGCAGGAAGCAGAACGCAGGCAGAGAGGCCGCCAAGCCGGUCCCGGCCGCCAGCACGGACCGCCCCAUCGCCCUUUCAAACGAGAAGGACUUUGUGGUGCGGCAGAGGCGGGGGAAAGAGAGUUUGCGCAGCAGCCCGCACAAAAAGGCCGCCUAAGGGGCCGGGGGCGCCUUGCCUGCCUUCCCAAAGCAGCGCUGGCUGGGGUGGGGGUGGGGGGCUGCAGCGGCGAGAGGGGGCGGGGACCGCUUUCCAGAUGCCUUCCCGAUUGUAACCGAGAAAACUGCUACCGGAGAGUGUGCAAAAGAAGACAGCUUUGCACGAGUUGCGGGUGGCAGAGGAGAAAGAGCUCUGUAAAUACCUAGCCACGUGUCUGGUUUGGGGGUGUAGAGUGUAUACCUUGCUGCUGAUGGCGUCGUGGACGACAGCCCCCCCCCCCCCUUUUUCUUUUUAAAUGAGAUCUUGGCUUUAGCAUUUAUCUAGAAUGAAGCAAGAUGGUCAGAACCGGGUGUAUGUAAUAAAGGGAUACAUCCAUAUUCGUGUAUAUACACAUCCACCUGCGUGUUUGGCUCUGUGGUUGAAGAGGGUAUUUCAAGGCUCCAUUUUUCUAAGCUCAAACAUUAACUAGAGGUAAAGGCCUGAAACACAGUAGAUUGUGAGUUUUUACGUGGAUGUUGAACCGGAGUUUCUGAUAGCACUGUAUCUGGCUACCUAUCUUUCCAGGGCCAAAGCAGGAGCCACUCUGAGCGCUGCGUCUGGAGUCCUCCAGGGACAAAUGGAGCGAUUAGCAAGUGGCAGCCGCCCUGACGGACAGGACACUUGGACCUGGGGUCCGAAUGUCCGCCAGGCCAGUUGUCCUUGUCUGCAGCUGUGUGUCUGGUCUCCCCCUGAGGCAGGGCAGGGGCUAAUCUAACCCGCGUCAACUUCAUUUCUGUUGUCUUUCUCUCGCUUCCUUUCAAGUUCUUAAACUCAGGCCUUCACGCUGUGAGCGACUAGUCCAAGAAGCACACAUUUCAUAGCGGCCCCUCCCGCGCCAGCCCUGCCAUCGAGUACACAGGAAGAUGACCGACCGCACACAGGCUGCUAGUGCUUAGGUGGAGCAUCGGGCAUUGGAAGAGGUUUUAAAUUGGCUUUUUUUUAUUUUUUAUUUUUUGCAGAAAGACUGGGGGGCGGAUUUUUGGCAUCAUAGCAUAUAUAUUAAGGAAUAAUCAGGACAUCAGAUACAUUUUAGUACAUAGCUGGGGCCUUAUGUUGUAGAUGAAGCUUGCUGUUUUUAGCAAGUUCCUGGGUUUCACAUUCUUUUCUGAUGCAUCGAGUAGCUCCAUACAUUUCAUAACAUGAUCUCUUUAUUUGUAUGCAAAAAAACCACUGUAUUAAUAAAGAGCAGCAUUUUUGUAACAAAGAGACUUGUUGGAGCUACUUGGUGCUUGAAUGUGACCAUCCUUUUUACUUUUGCUAAGCCUUAUUUAAAUUUUAUAUACCGUAAACUAUGUAGAAUUUGUCAAAUCAUUUUAGCUAAGGGGUUUUGAUUUUUUUUUUUUUUUUUUUGGCUGUUUUUUGAUGGCUUGUUUUGUGCUGUCAGGUAACGCUUACUGACAUAAGUACUAAGGCACUAUGAGAAAACACAGAUAAGUUUAAGAUGCUUGGGAUCCACCCCUGGAUUUUAUUUUGUUUUAGAAGAAAAAAAAAAAGACCAGUAAAUAACAAAUGCAGCACCCAAAGUCCCUCAAGGAUGUCUUAGUAUCUUUUUGCUAUAAACUUGUUUAUCCAAGCACAGCGUCGUCUUACAGCCUAUGGAUUAUAAAUCAUCCAGCAGAGCUGUAAACUCCAUUCCAAAGACAAAGGCAUAACUCAGUUGUCCUUUGUUAUAAAAUGAGUUGGUGAUGGCAAAAAAAAUAAAGUGUCCUCUUCUUUGCCUCUGAUUUUUUUUUUCAUGUGGUUUUAACCAUUCCCCAUCACUACCAUGUGAACGUGUAGAAGAAACAACUAUUUUACAAGAACCUCAAUGACUUUCAGAAAUGGUCUCAACAUUUAUAAUACGUAUCUGUGUUUGGUGGUCAUUAGAAUCCAAUUCUUCUACACUCAGACACUGAGACAGGUCUAUGGGGGAGGUAGGUCAUGGUUUACAGCCUUUGCUUUUUUUAACUGUCCAGUUUCCUUUAAAGCACAACUAGCUGCUUGUUUACAAAUGAUAUUUUUAUGUAUAUUUUGUAUAGUGUAUUAUCAUUUCUGCCAAAUAUGUUUUUGCAUUUUUGGAUGAGUCAAGAGUACCUAAGAUUGCAUUCAUGUAAUACUCGUUUGUUGUUGUAAACCUCUCCAAUCAGCUGGUAGAAAUUCUCCCGUGUUCUGUUUGGUCAGUCUCUGUGUGAUUGUAAGAUGUGUCCCUCGGUAGUACUCCCAGCUGUAGAUUUACCAGCUUAAAAGUUUGUUAGGAUCUGUGCAAUAAAGUGUUUGCAGUCUUAUUUUCUCUAAGAGAUUCCCUAUGGAUGUCAUCAUUGUUGUACAUUGAAUAAAUAUUUAUACUUAUGCAGUUGCAUAACCUUGAAUAAAAAUUUA